AUGGUUCGGUUUGGCGUCGAUUCCACGAAGUCCACAGACGUAUCGAUCGCACCCAUUGCAGAAUCUUUCGCCGUUUCGACUGAUGAUUCUCCGUCUCCGGCCGAGUCGUCAGUGAAUAUGACACCCGCAACCCCUGCACAAGUUGGCGACGUCGAAACUCUGUCAUGUGCAGUCUCGUCGACUCUACCACCUCUGCUUCCACGUUCUGAAUCGAGCGUUCUGACUCUGACGUGUCGUCUUCGACAGGCCGAACCGGUGGUAAAGUCGACGAGAUUGCAGAUGACAGAGUUUCGACGUCUCCAGCUGGUGGGGUCGAGAGUGUCAUAUUCACUGAUGACUCGGCCCAGACGUGGAUCCCAACCUGUAAAUAACAAGAUGGCAUACUGUCAUAAUCCCAUGUAUAGAUUUAUAUAA